UAGACCUUAAGUACUGGAAGAUGUCGACAGAAGCAGGAGCGACUGUAGAUCAGAACUUUGAUAUCAGCUGCAUCUUCUGCAGAAUCGCAAAUAAACAAGAAAGCAGUGCUGAGCUGUUACACUCCGACGAUGAUCUAGUCUGCUUUAAAGACAUAAGGCCUGCAGUAACUCAUCACUAUCUGGUGGUACCUAAGAAGCAUGUGGGUAGCUGCAAGACACUUACUAAAGACCAUGUGCAACUUGUUAAAACUAUGAUGGAGGUUGGGAAAAGCAUACUUCAGAAGAAUAAUGUUACAGAUUUAGAGGAUAUCAGGUUAGGAUUUCAUUGUCCUCCUUUUUGCUCAAUCUCUCACUUACAUCUUCAUGUGUUGGCUCCAGCAAGCCAUCUUGGAUUUCUCUCCAGAAUGAUUUACAGGGUCAACUCCUACUGGUUUAUCACAGCAGACGAACUGAUUAAUCAACUUCAGGCAAGUUGAAAUACUACAUGCUGUGAUCUAGAAAACCAAUUGAGAGUCUGAUACCAAUUUACUUAUACAGCUAGAAAGAAACCCCAUAAUAGCAUGUGAAUAAACUGUAUUUGUGAUUUGAGAUUGUUACUCAGAAAUAGCUACAGAUAGCAGUGUAUUUCCAAAGCAUACCCAUGAUCUUCUACUUCCUGACUGCUCCUAAAAAAACAGGGAUUUUUUUAUUUAUGGAUCAGGGCAAAUAGCUACUGUAUCUCCAUGAUGCUAGUAAAAAUGAAGGUUUUAAAAAUGUAAUGUCUUAGUAUGCCGUAGAUUGACCAUAUUUGUGUAACUUUUCAGUCUUGUUUGAUUAUUUUCAGUGCUUGUAUUUAAAGUUAAUCAGAGUCUGUACAUUUUUGGUGACUCCCACUCCAGAUACCCAAAAUUGCUUCUGACUCCAACUCCACAGCUCUGGCAAUGAUGGGAAAACACAUUCUAUUCUGUUCUAUUCAUUCCUGAUGGAUUUUUAGAAUCAUAUUUAUCAAUGGAGUUCACCAUUUGAUAAAUAUGCUUUUAAAAAUCCCAUAGGAAUUAAUAGAAGAUGAGUGAGUUUUAUUGUGGUGAUUUCUAAGUUCAUACUUUGAUAAAUCUGCCCUUUAUUGUUGUUUUAAUAUAUUUAUUUCAAGGCUUUCUACUUACUACUUGUUUUCCACUUCCCUUAGGUUGCUAUGUUAAAUAGGCCCAAGGGAUGAAAAAGUUUACAUUUCACUUCUAAAGUAUAGAACAAAAAUGUAAAUAAUAUGAAGAAAACAAAACAAUGAAUGCAGACUACUUAAAAACUCCCUUAGAGUACUACUGCCUAUGGCAUACUGUUAAGGUGAAAACCCAUUUAACUACAGUUACAUGUCUUUUUACAGUAGUCACUAGUAAAUGGGGUUGCAUAAGAAGCAGAUUUAUGAAACUUUGAACUACUGCUAUAAGGUUGUGGCAUAGGCCCUUGCAAAAGCAAUACAUAUCCUGCUGACAGGCCUGUAAAACAAGCUUCACAGAUUGUAUGGUUAACAGUAACAGAAAUAGUAUAAUGCAAGAAAACAAGCCUUAUAUUUAAAGCAUAUAGAAUUGAUUUGUGAAUAUGAGCUUUCUGUGUAAGGCGAUGUUAACAAAUCAGGUUACUGAAGUUAAAACAUCCUCUUAGCCAAUAAGGAGAGUAAUCGUUUAUAAAAUAGUAAAAUAGACUGGAACAUGAGUCCAGUGCAAUCCACAGUGCUGAGUAACAGUAGAAAGUAUUAACACUAAUAGACCACCAACUCACUUGUGUCUUUUUAGAGGUUUUUUCUACUGCGAAUAAAUUCUAAUUUUUAAAACCUUUGAAUGCUUAUUUAUUAAAAAAAAAUCUGUAUAUAAAAAAUCAGAUUGAAUAAAAGUGUGAAAAAUAACUGCAAUUUGAAUUGGUGCUCUUAACAUUUGAAUUUGAGCGUUGAUAAAUCACUCCCCCAUUAUAUAGUCUUUUGCCUGGAAUCCAACUGCCUUUUAUUGUACUGUACUUUGCCUUUUACCUCAUUGUAAAAGUGUAAACAUAAAUAAACUAAUUUAUUAAGCUA